UAAAAAAUGAGUGUGUGACAAGAAAGCAGCUCAUAGUGACAGCAGGGGCAGAAGGAGAGGGAGAGGGAGAGGAAGAGGAAGGGAGAGGGAGCGAGUGAGCGAGGGGGAAAAAUGUAGGAAAGAGAUUGAAUUUGAGCUGGUGAAGGAGAAAAAGGAGAAUGCAGACAAGGCUAGAUAGAAUCAUUAGGAAGCAACAGUGAGGAAGCAGAGAGAAAGUGUGGAAAUUGAGUGAUUUUGUCUAAAUGUGCUUGUAAUGUGCGACUGGCAUUGCUUAAAUCGCAGCGUGGAGUGUGUUUGCGUGAGAGGGUCUAAUUGUGCUACUGCCUGGAAAACGUGCUUGGUGGAUUAUGAGAGAUCAAGAACAGAACGAUUGUGUGUGUGUCUGUCAGAGACUCUGUUUAUUGGUUAACAAAAGGGCUAGGUGCAGCUUGUUCGUGUGUGUGCAUGUUUAGAUGGUAAAAUCAUGCUGCUGGAGAGUUACUUGAAGAAAGGAAAAAGAUAGUGCAGAGAGUUGAAGCACUUGAGGAUGCCAGAGCAUUCAGGGACAAGCACAGCUCUCAGAUAUUGCACUCUCAAUGUAACUGCCGUCUGGGUACUUCAGACCCAACGAGUGAAGGCAAACCAAUAUACAGUGUCUGUUGAAGGCAGACAAGGCGAAACCAUGCGAGCACGUAUCUUCUUGAGGUUUCAUCUGAACUAUUUGUAGGACCAAAGCAUCUCUGUUGCUGCUGUCUACCUAAAAGUGUAAAGCUACAAAGACUGUUGAGUUUCUUUGGAGGUCAACAUGUCUACGUGAAGGAUUGCUGAAGGUCCAUUAUAGUGUCCGGUGAUACCUUGAUGUUUUCACAACUCAGCCAUGGGAGAGUGGACCAUUUUAGAGCGCCUCCUGGAGGCCGCUGUGCAACAGCACUCUACAAUGAUUGGAAGGAUUUUACUGACGGUUGUGGUGAUAUUCCGUAUCCUGAUUGUGGCCAUCGUAGGUGAAACAGUGUAUGAGGACGAGCAGACCAUGUUUAUCUGCAACACCCUCCAACCUGGGUGCAACCAGGCCUGCUACGACAAGGCCUUCCCCAUCUCUCACAUCCGAUACUGGGUCUUCCAGAUCAUCCUCGUUUGCACACCCAGUCUGUGCUUCAUCACCUACUCAGUACACCAGUCGGCCAAACAGCGUGACCGUCGCUACUCCUUCCUCUACCCAAUGAUAGAGAAGGACUACAGUCAUGAGGGAACCCGAAAAAUACGCAACAUUAAUGGAAUUUUGGUGCAGCAUUCUGACAGUGGUGGCGGAAAGGAUGAACCUGACUGCUUAGAGGUAAAGGAGAUCCCAAAUGCUCCGAGAGGCCUCGUGCAUGGCAAGAGCUCCAAGGUACGACGACAAGAGGGCAUCUCUCGCUUUUACAUAAUCCAGGUCGUAUUCCGCAAUGCACUGGAGAUAGGCUUCUUGGCAGGGCAGUAUUUUCUAUAUGGCUUUAGUGUCCCUGGCAUCUUUGAGUGUGACCGCUACCCCUGCCUGAAGGAGGUGGAAUGCUAUGUGUCACGGCCCACUGAAAAGACGGUCUUCCUAGUCUUCAUGUUUGCAGUGAGUGGUAUCUGUGUCGUGUUCAACCUUGCCGAGCUCAACCACCUCGGCUGGAGGAAAAUCAAGGCUGCCAUUCGAGGUGUGCAAGCCCGCAGGAAGUCCAUCUGUGAGAUCCGCAAAAAGGACAUGGCCCACCUGUCACAACUGCCAAACCUGGGCAGGACCCAGUCCAGACUAGGGGAUGAUUAUUACCUCUGCGCAAAGUGUGCCCUUCCAUGAAAACACCCACUGUUAUGUGUUCCAGUCAAGUAUUCAUCGCUCUUAUGGUGCAUGGAUGUGUUAAUAUGUAUGUAUGUGACCAAAGUUGAAAGAAUUUACAGAUUGCAGAUUCUUUUUUGUUCGUUUUAAGAUUUUACUUUUGUUCCGUGCAAAAGUUGGUGCCAUCAACUUAAAUGAUUUCAGAAUAUUAUUUUAAACAUAGUUAAAAGAUUAUUCCAAUGUUAUAUUAUAUAUAUAUUUAUUGGGAAAGGGAGUAAACCCUGCUGAAAAUAAUUCCCAUGCUGGUCCAAGGUUUAUGCUGAUUAUUGCUGGUUUAACUGGUGAAGAAGAAUAGCCAUGCGCACCAGCAAAAAAAAAAAAAAAAAACAAAAAAAAAAAAACACUCAAACAUAGGGAACCAGCAUGUUUUUUUUCUGGUGAAUGUGAUUAACAAAGAUGAUGUUGUUGUUAUGAUAGAUGCUUGAUGGGGACGUAAAAAAGAUUGAAGAAAUGUUUUCAUGCAUCCAUGUUUCUAUCAGUUGAAUCAAUUAUCCAAAACUUUGCAUAAAGGUAUCUUUCGAAGGCAUGUUUACAAAGCUUUUUCUGUAAAAUGACUUUUUUAGAUGAAAAUUUAUUUCCAGUGCGUUAUUUGGAAAAAGGAUAGAUUUAUAGGGUUUUUACUAGCUUUUUCUUCUCAUCAUGUGUUUUUAUCAGCAUGCCUUUACUAUUAAGAACAUAAUAAUCUUAGAAAAAUAUAUGUAUGCAUUGCACUUUGUGGGUUGGGAGGAGUGGAUAAAAGGAGAAACUCACUCUGGGAAGGACAUUAGUGGAUGGAAAGUGAGCAUUUUGAAUUGGUCCAGAUCAAUGAUAAGUACUUACACAGCAUGUAUGUAGCCGUGAUCCCCUGUGUGCCUUUGUUUACACAAUGUGGGUUAAAAGCAGGGUGUUGUCUCUAACGAACACACACACACAGACAAAAAAAAAAACACAAACCAAAAAAAACAAAAAACAUUUGAGUUGUCAUUCAGCCAAUUUUAUCCCUAGUUUAAACUCACUAAAGUAAGUACUGGUGCCUACACCACCCUGACUCCACUCUGCACAUGCACUAAAAACAACCCAGUGUAGACAGAACACAGUGCAACUAACACAGACCAGCUCGAUGACAUACCACAGAGACAGAAACACUGUCAGAGAAGAUACAGAGAGAAAGAGAGGAAACUGCAGAGGCCCAUUAAUACCAACACAAGUGUCCUGACUUAGGCAUUUCUUGCAGAAAAAAAAGUCUUUCACAGGAAAGUUUGUCUUUAUGUUUAGUUUGAUAUGAAGUGCAGUUUAGAAACAAUUCUGAUUCAGGCCAGAAGUCAGUGUGAGGAUGGAGAUUGUCGUUUACAUCUAAAUUGAAUCAGAGGUAUAAAAUUGGCCUCAUUUGUGAGGCGUCCAAUGCAUGUCAUAUUUGUUUUACUGCAAAAGUAAACAGCUUGUAAAUGAUCCGUAAAAACUUCUGGACUUUCCUGUACUUGAUCCAAAAUGAGAACAAGGAUUUCUAUGAUUAAAUUUAGACCCAGUGUACAACAUUAACACUCAUCAAGCAGCAAAUGUGAUUGACAAGUACAUAAAAAAAAGCUACUUGCCAGUUUAUAAGGAACUGCAACACGACUGCAAUAACUUACCUUGAACUAAGUGAUGCAAUUUAAAGACAUACAAACUACUACUGCUAUUUUUAAUUUAAAUGCAAAUACAGUUUCAUGGCUGGUACAUAUACUAAGUUCCACCUGCCAUUGGCCAGCAUGGUGAAAAGUUCAUUUUGGGCCCUAUGUACACACUUUAAACAUCAUUUGAUUAAACAUCUUUUUUUUUUUAGUGCAGAACUAAUUGAAUGGGGUUUGAUUAAAACAAGACAAAAUGCCAAUGCAAUAUAAAAAAUAGACAUUGGUUCUCCAACUUGGUUAUGAGGAAAAUUAAAAUUAAGUUAUAAGAGGUUUCAGAUAUCAAAAAUCCUAUUUAAGAUUUUUUUUUUUUUUUUUUUUUUUUACAGUCUUACCUGACAUCAAAAUUGUAUUUUAUACUCUGAAGAUUUAAAUAUCAGGGCCUGUUAUCAAGUAAAUUAUAAGGAACUAUAGCCAUUAUUUUGUGGGGUAAAAAGGAAAUGCAGCCCUGUUCUCGGGACCAAGUAUAUUCUACAUCUGUCUCUUUUCUUACAUCGUUCCUCUCCUGUGUAAGAUAAUUACGGUUCUUUUAUUCUGCAGUAAAAUAGUAGCUCUGCCAAAAUCAUAACCUCUGUAACAAUGCUGCAUUGAAGGGCAUCUUUUACAAGAAUGAUAUUGUCAAGUGCAGUUCAGAGAUUUUGAAGAUUGCUUCCCCAAGUGAGAACUUCUUCAGAGUGCUUGCAUUAAUCCACUCUUCUCCUCAGUCUAUUUUUAUAAAACCUAUAUCAGAGUUUGAAUACUAGACAAAAAAGAACAAUGUCAGAAUUUUUAUCUUCUUAUUAUUUAUUCUAUCUUGUGAGUUAUGUUUAUGUGUGCUACUCUUUUUUUUUUUUUACAGUGCUGUAAUGUUAGGGAUAGCGCAGGGGGAAUUGAAUUAAAGACCAGAAUUAGGAUUUGAAGUAAAAAUGUUGCUUUACUUGCCAAAAUUUUGUUAUAUGCAACUUCAUAACUAAUUGGGUUUCGGGGUUGAUCAAAUACUGUAAAGCUUGUGUAACUGGUAUAAAAAGCAUGUUUUUGUUAUUUUAAUUCACUCUAUUUUAUGAGACAGAAAAUCAGGUACAAGUAAAUGGCAUGAUUAGAUUAGAAAACGGUGUAAAAUUGUAAAAAUGACAUCCAUUCAUUGGCCAAAACUAAAUUAAAAGACUAAAGCAGGUAUUAUUAUGCAGACUAUCUUGCUACAACCAUAAGCAAGACUUGAUUUUAAGCACAAACUUUUGACAUGAGGAAAGCAUAUUUAUUAUUACACACAUCCUGUAGUCCUUGCCAGACAAUUUUGUAGAAAAUUUCACCUACAAUUUUUUUUAAAGAUAUAAUUGAUGUGUAAGCAACCUGCAUGUCGCAGUUGACAGAUUUUAUUAUUAUUUUUUUUUAAUGACCUCAUUGUUUCUACAAUUAUUAUUCAGUGCACAGUAUCUUUGCGAAAGCUAGUAGAAACUAUAGCCAUGUUUUAUAGAAUUGUAAAACAAAAACUACUGAUAAAUCGUACAUUAUCUGAUAACAGUGGAUCUUUUACAGACAUCAUUUCAGGAUAGUGAAAAAAAUCUGAAUAUAGCUCAAACAUCAGUCUAAUAUGUCUUUCUUGGCAGUGCCAUUUUUUUUUUAAACACAUAUGCAUAUUAAGUAAUGAAAAGAACAGAGUCAAGUUCAUUCCCUGUUAGCUCAGGGAAAAUAAUCAUUCUAAUCUCACAUUAAUCCAUUCUGAAUGAUCAUCACAUGUCCCAGAAUGCUCUCUGAGUGUCUGCCAGAAAUCAGUCACAAGAGCCCCUGUCCCAACCACACUUUUCAAUUGCCAAAUCAGGUUUUCCUCUAAAGCUCUGGCUCAUGAUCAAUCCCUCAUUUCAGCAAGGACAGUUAAAUGAGAGGAUUCUGUUUUAAUCCGUUGUCCUUUGCUUAAUAAGCACUGCUGUAUUUCCAAACUGCCCAGAAGAAGCCAACCUUAAGGCUCACUUUUCCUUUCUCUUUAUUAAACAGAAUUAUAAAACUGGUCUGGGAUGGAACUUUAACCAAUUACAACUCCACGUGUGCUGCCAGGGGUGUUUGACACCCGCCGCACAAGCCAUGCUAAUCUCAGGAUUCAGGAAUAAGAAGAGCCUAAUCACUCCCAGCUACUUACACGACCAUAUAAACACUGGAUUAGCACUUGACAAAGGCAAAAGGGCAGACGAGUCAUUCAUCCCUCUUACCUGCACCAUCACAGAACAAAUCACACCAACGCAUGCCGCUGUAAUUCAGGACCUGUGCACCAAGGUACCAAUCUUAAAAGCCAAUGUUUAUACAGAGAGUACCCAUUCUGCUAGCCAGGGAAACAUAGUUACAGAAGAACUGCAGAAACUUUACAGUAAAUCACAAUUAGCCAUAUGAAACAUAUUAAAGUGAGUUUUAUGUAUAUAUAUAUAAUUGACUCUUUGUUAAACUCCAUACCCUUGGUUCUGUUGCUCAUUUAGAAAAAACAUUACGAAUUGUCAACAGAUCUUAAAUUAUUACAAGAAUCUGAAAAGCACAUUUAGGAGGUGUUUGACUUGCAUUAAUACAUCCAGGUCACAUGCUAUGCCAUACGGUAAAGGGUAACGAUGCUACCUGAAUGUUACAGCCAUGUCCUUCAGAGAUUAUAUAUAUUUAUGAGGGCAACCCUUUAAUCCACCAUUAAAUCAACUGUCUGAUUACUUUAUCUAAAUAAAAUGGGCUAGAUUGUAUGCACAGAAUAUGAUAUAUAUCUCCUUAUAAUCUUCUUUUAUAUCAGAUUUUCUUUUUUCAUUUUUAUUUUGUCUUAUUUUUGUGGGGAUAUGAUGGUCAUUGCAGAGUUCAACUUUCAACUUUCAACUUCUCAAUGUGAAAAAUGCUAUGUUUAUGAAAUAUCAAACAGGUGCUGCAAAAAUGCAAAAGUAAUAGCUAUACAGAUUUUACUGACAGCUGUACAUCAAUUGUUAAGUCCACAAAUGCCACUGUAUCUCUUAGCCCUGUUCUGAUGUCUUUCAUAGUCUUUAAAAAAAAUUAUCCAAAUGAAUGAUUCGUACUUUUUAAUUUCUUUAAAGAAAUCUGUUGUUUGGGACACAGACUUCUAUUUUGUAACUGACCUCAUUUAAAGGUUUUCUUUUGUACUUUGUGGUUGUUGGAUUGUGUACAAUGACUUAAUUAAACACCUUGAAUGAA